AUGUCAAAGGCAAGGAUCCAUCUCAAAGCACCAUUAGAUGCCAAUGUAAAAAAUUUGGAGGUAAAAUUAUUUAAUGUAUGGGGCAUAGACUUUAUGGAUCCUUUCGUAAGCUCAUUUGGAAUGAAGUACAUACUUAUUACUGUUGACUACGUGUCAAAAUGGGUUGAGGCUGUAGCUCUGGCUGAUAAUGAAGGAAAGCGGGUUGUUGGAUUUUUAAAGAGAAAUAUCUUCUCUUGUUUUAGGGUACCACGUACCAUCAUAAGCAAUGGAGGAUCACAAUUUUGCAACAAGAUGUUCCGAGCUGCAUUGGCAAAAUAUAGGGUUAAGAAACACAAGGUAGCUACGCCAUAUUACCCACAAACAAAGGAGAAAGAUAUCAAAAGGGUGGCAGCAAACCUGCAUCCUGAUACAACACCAGAGGGGAAUGAGGAUAGUACUAGCUAUACCAGUUUAAGCCCAGACGAGGCCACAAUUAAUGUCACUCCACCUGAGUUGACAGAUGUUAAAACUGAGGAUGCUAAUGUAGAAGGGCAAGCUGAAGCGGAUAACGUAGAAACUGAACCUGAGAAUGCUAAUAUUGUUAGACGUAAGGAUCCUCAAGUUCGGGAGUCAAUUAGAUGGCAGACAGAUGGAGUACAUGAAAAUUUCUAUGAUGGGUUAACACCCACUACGAGAGGAAUUAAAAGGUCACCGCGAGAGGAAUUAAAAGGAGAGCAUCAGAUUAAGACCAAUGACUUACAUAAAUUUCUUGAGUUGGAACGCUGGUUCAAUGAGUAUGAACUAGCAUGGAUGAGACAGCAACCGGGAGCCUACCAACUAAAUUAG